AAUCUCAUAGUUUCGAUUCAAGCCAUAGCAAAUUUACAACAGACACUUUCUCCUAUUUAAGUAAAACUCUAUUAAAAUCUUAUUGUUGGCUUUAAUCUCCUAAACAUGUCGGACAAGUGUGGCAACUGCGACUGCUCUAGCGCCAGCCAGUGUGUGAAGAAGGAAAACCAGUAUAAUCUCGUCAUUGUCGAGACUGAGAAGAGCUACAGCGAGACAGCCGCGAUGAACGGCGGAGCAGCAGAACAUGAUGGCAAAUGCAAGUGCGGCAGCAGCUGCAGCUGUGUGAACUGCACUUGUGGUCAUUAAUUAAACCCUAUAUACAUACAAUAGCAGCAUAUAUUGUGUUUUAAGGAAUAAUAGUACCUUGUUAUUAUAGUGGAAUAAACUGUGUUGUGGUCAGUCCUAAUUGCCAAACUACAGUAGUCACUCUAGAGUGACUACUGUGUGUCUCUUUGGUCAAGUUUGUAGCACAACUUUUCAUUGUUAAAUAGAUUAUUAUUAUUAUAGUACACCAUCUUC